UGCAACACCUCCUCUCCUCUCUUUUGAAACUUCAACCAACAACCGAGGCUCAAUGGACUUUGUAUUAUGGUUGUAUGAAAAACGUACUGGAGUUCCAUUUGAUGGCUUUGCACAGGAACUGGAUUUUGUGGAGAAGAAAAUGCAGUUUGACUGGAUUAUAUGUGGAUGAAAUGAAGUUUUUGGAGAAUUUAUGGUCGCAGUUUACUGCAGUGAAUUUUUUUUUUUUUUUGAUUUCUUUGAAUGCCUGGUGUAAUUUUCUUAAACGCGCACAGAACUAGAGCCUCCUCCUGUUAUGGAGAACCUCACCAUGGAUAACAUGACUGUGGAGAAUGACACGUCGGUGCAGGACAAUCAGACCCUGGGUGUUUGGACUGACUACACAGUUGAAUACAAAGUGGUCAGCGUGUUUUUGGUGUCCCUCAUAUGCGGGGUGGGGAUCGUGGGCAAUGUGAUGAUCAUACUGGUGGUCCUGACCACCAAACACAUGCGGACUCCCACUAACUGUUACCUGGUGAGUCUGGCCGCGGCUGACCUGAUGGUCCUGACGGCCGCCGGGCUGCCCAACAUCACCGACGCUCUGUGCGGACAAUGGGUGUUCGGCUACGUGGGAUGCUUGGGGAUCACUUAUUUCCAGUAUCUGGGAAUAAACGCGUCCUCUUGCUCCAUUACAGCAUUCACCGUAGAGCGCUACAUCGCCAUCUGCCACCCCAUCAAAGCGCAAUUCCUGUGCACUUUAUCCAGGGCAAAAAAGAUCAUAAUGCUGGUUUGGGCGCUCACCUCUGUCUACUGCGUCAUGUGGCUCUUUCUGUCAGACACUACAAAGUUGGCUUAUGAUAACGUGGUGCUACUCAGCUGCGCCUACAAAGUGUCCAGGAGCCACUACCUGCCCAUUUACUUUACAGAUUUCGCGGUGUUUUACGUGCUGCCUCUCAUGCUGGCCACGGUUAUGUACGGACUGAUCGCCAGGAUACUUUUCCUAAACCCGCUGCCUUCAGAUACCAAGGACAGCACCAAGAAGUGGAAGAAGGAGACGGGUCAGCGAGGGAGGGUAAUCAGCAGCUCCUCCAGGAGCACCACGGCUUCCUCCCGCAGACAGGUGACGAAGAUGCUGGCUGUGGUGGUGAUCCUCUUCGCCUUACUUUGGAUGCCCUACCGGACCUUAGUGGUGGUCAACUCCUUCCUGGACAAGGCCUACUUGGACACCUGGUUCCUGCUCUUCUGCCGUCUCUGCAUCUACCUAAACAGCGCCGUCAACCCGAUCAUCUACAACGCCAUGUCCCAGAAGUUCCGCGCAGCUUUUAAGAAGUUGUGUCACUGCGGCCCUCAGCGUAUGGAGAAACCAGCUUCUUACAGUGUGGCGCUAACCUACAGUGUCAUCAAGGAGAUGUCUAACGGGGAAAGUCCUGACCACUUCACUACAGAAAUGGACGAGCUAAACAUGCCUACAGAUCAGUACUUACCGGCCAGCAUCCUGCCAAGUGCCAAGAAAAUGCCGUUCGAGAAGCCUUCCCUAUCGGGAGUGAUGUCAAAGCCUGAUUAAAACAACCUUUCCACCUAAAAAGGAUAGCAGAGAUUCUGACAGCUGGAGUAUGGAUUCAGUCACCCAUGGAAUAUUAGAGAA